GUUUCGCUUCGGGAUUUUUUUUGUCUUUCAAACUGCUUUGUUCUUAAUUUGCGAUCAGGCAGAGGCAUCAGCCAACUCUACGCACUCUACGGGUGAGUAACAAUGCACAUGGUUGCUUAUAUUGAAUGUCUCAGCGCGUAAUCACAGAAAGCUGGCUGUUUGAUAUCAAAUACACAUGUAUUCUAGUGUAAACUUACAAAUGAUAAGAUCAUUGCUAUAUUUUUCGCAUUGCUUUAACGAGCAAUCCUUUAGGUGAAUCUCCUCUCCUGAUUCUGUUCUUUACAAUCGCAAACAAAAAGGCAAAUCACGCCAAUCGACCUCCGCGGUUGUCUCAAUAAGGAAGCGUCUGUCUUUUCGGUAUGCUUUGAAUGUAACGAAGGGACAUUUCAUUUCUGUCUUCCUCCCGCAGUGUCAAGUCACCAUAAAGAAGUAUGAUUGAAUUAAGCCGGAGUUUCUGAAGCAUUUUUUCGGAUUUGUUUGCUUUUCCAUCUUGCCAAACAUUGAAGUUCUAUAAACCUUCGCAGAAAAUUCCGCGUUGCUAUGGGCAAGAGACUGCGCUAAAAUGCUUUUGAGAAAAUCGCUCCACGAAUUUCCUCAUUCAGGUUUAUCAAACUCGGUCUCAAACAUGUAAGUUAUUCGAUUCUUAGUAGUUUACGUUCACCUACUAAAUUAACUUGAAUUAAAAUGCGUUCAUAAUGCGACGGGAUAACCGGUGCAGAAAGAGAAGUGUUUGUUAGUUUCUUGUCGAUGGUGACCUCGGAGCCAUGCAAUCAUUUCUUUACAAAGAUAUUCCGACAGAUAUUCCGACAGAUAUUCCUGUAAGAGACUGCAUUAUAUGAGCAUAGUGAUCAGCCGCAGAAACCUUUCCUCACAAGUGCAUCAGUAUUCUAAAUACUAUCACUCGUGGUAUAUCGAAAAGGAGACAAAUUGAAAAAUGGAACAAAAUCGCAAAGUUUCGUAAAUGUCUACCUCUUUUACCCAGCGGAAGUGGGUUUUUCCACCAGAGAGUUACACGUAGGCAAUAUUGAUAAUGAUAUCCCAGAUAUCUAUGGAUACAACAAAUAUUUUCCAUACAAGUGACAGACAGGCGUCUUAAAACUUUGGAUGAUUAAUAAUAACCAGAAUAAAAGAAGUCUUAAAUUUAUUUCAUUAUAGUUGUAUUUUGGGGCUGAAAAUUUUAGAGAAUGCCUCCAUUGAGACUCUAUUACCUUGGAAAAUCAUCGAGGAUAAUUUUCCAAAUAGAUGUUUCGAAAAAAUGGUUUAUGUAAUGCAUUUUCCGCCUGUUUCUCUAGCAGCCUUCACGCAAGCUCAAAUAAAACCGUUUUAAACUGACUUAGCUCGAGGAAGAGGUUUUCUUACAGGGUCUCCCAGAGAGAUAAGUUGUAGGGGUAGAACUUGAUUUUAGUAAAGGAAUUUAAAACGUGACUGCAUCAUACUUGCUUUUUCAACAGCACUUUAUUCCACGGGAACAGUACUGGCAACCAUGACCGCUUCAACAGGUACACAACUCUAAAACGUCUUUUUUGAUUUAUUCAAAUACAAAAAUAAAAAUUCAGUCGAAGGAUUCGGAUAGAAACCAACGAGUGAGAUGUUUCUAGCGUAAGGCGAUUGAGAUAGUGGAAACCGCAAACUAAACUGUUUACAACCCCAGUCACUUUCUAACCCAAGUGAGACUGUAAGACUUAUCCUAGGAGAUAGAUAAAAUCAAAGUUAGACAGAAGUGUAUUCGAUUUUUCAUCCAUUUCCUCUCUCGGUUUCAGUUGCCUCAACUGGCGUAACACCGUCUUCAACAUUUUCCGCAACCACAACGUCUGCGCCACCUGUGACCAACUCAACCACAGCACAACCAACUGUGACUUACCCUACUGCGACCACAGCACCACCAACUACGACCACAGCACCACCAACUGCGACCACAGCACAACCACCAUCUGGGGAGAACAAGAGGCAGUGGUGUUAUAUAUAUCGGACAUGACAGAAGCUAAGGUCAGAGAAGAAUUAACUAUUAUAGAAAAAAAAAAAGCAGAACUAAAAAUAUCGCACAUGUUUUUGCCUUGCUAUUUACUGUCUUAAAAGUAAAAUUCGACUGUCGUAAAAUUAAAACCAAUCACGGUAAUCACUUCAGCCAAUCGGAACAAAAGAAUUCGAUGCAUUCACUUCAUUUCGAAUAAAAGAUGGCUUCUCCUGGUAAAAUCAUGCCCUUUAACAUUUAAGAGUGCCUAGCAUCUACGUUCUCCUUACAAUGUCACCCCUGAAUCAAACAUUAAGGUCGUAGGAAUACAGAAUAUGAUCAUUAACUAUGAAGCUUUAGAGCUUACCAGCUUCUCAGCACCUAAGAAAUAUAUGGCGAACAGUAUGGGGAAUAUGCAUACUGAUGUUAGGAUGUAAAGGGUUAAUUUAAAGUUUACAAUAGUUUUCUCGAUAUUGCGUUCUUAUAGUUCGAAAAAAGAAGAGUUAAUUUUACUGUCGCCGUGAAGAAAAUUGUGGGAAACUACUGCUCCAGUACACCACAAAAAUGUGACGAAUCAAGUCCAGAGAGGUAUGAUGACGAUGACAUCAUAACUUUUAGUUCAGUUUGACAUUUUAAUCACGCUACAUUCCAAUUGCAAGAUGUUAAACAUCUCUGACUAGUUGGCAUGUUAGAGUGUUGAUCGCUGAUCAGUUUGCAAAGUUGUGCUCCGAAAUCUGAUUUAGAAUCGUUAGCAAUUUGGCAUAGAUGAGUAAGUAUGAACCUGGAAAAGUAAACACGACUUUGUACCAGCAACGACUUGGUUAGCGUAUUUCUUCCAUUCAAGUUGGAAUUUGUCUGCAAACUCAGUGCUAAGUACAUCAAGUCACAGGCGAGUUGACCAAGACCAUAAACUAGUUAAUUAGGGGUAGUCGUUAGUAAGUUGGCUGAGGUUGUGAGUGAAUUUAUGCGUAAGUGUGUAAGUGAAUUUAUGCGUCAAUUCGUAGGCGAAUUGACUUCUUCUCUUGUUGAUGAGUGAGAACUUUGUUACUUUUUCUUAUGCUGGUUUUUGUCUUCUGAUUUAACUGCCAGUUAUCAAGUUUACAUAGUCCCUGGAUACCCGAUGGAGGACCCAUACAGUCCUGGAGAGCUUCUAGUGGGGUUUUUAUCUCAGUAG